AUGGCCGACCGUAGAAAAGAGGAAUUACAGAAAAAAAGGGCAAAACUUGAGGAGCUUCGGAAAGCUAGGGAGGGGCGAAAAAGUACUCCUCCGACACCGACAGAAUCACAGAAGGAAAAAUCGAAAAAAGAUGAAUUAGAUGCCCUUCUCGCGGAUUUGCUGCCAAAACAGGAACCUAAAGUAGAAGCACCAGAAGAAGUACCUGAAAAAGAAACACCAACAACUCUUGAUCCAAUAUCCAUAGACACUAAAGCAACAUCUAAUAUUAUUCCUCAAAACAUUAUAACUUCUAG